AUGUGGCGCCUGAGCUCCAGAGGUGGUAGCAAGAACUCGAGUCUCAAGAGCGAAGAGGACGUCGAGGAGCUCAUGCAGACGCUCGUGGCGCAGAUCCACGCCAAGCUCAAGAGCGAACUGAACCUGCGCGAGGUCUUUAUCCCCAACGCCAAAGCUGAGGCGCGCUGCAGCAUCUUUGUCUCCCAUAACUACACGGCGUGUUCCAAACUCUGCGUGUUCAUGCAACCGGGCGAAGGAAUGCAGCCAGGCAUGUGGAGCAAGACCAUUCACCCGAAGACGGGGUUCCAGGGCUCUAUGAUUCCGUAUUUGAAGACGGCCAUUCAAGGAGGAUACGGUGUCGUGAUUCUGAACCCUAGCACCAACUAUUGCGUCGUCAACGGCCACAGAGCCAAGGUCUUGCACUCUUCGACCCCUGAAGCCCACGUGUCGUACGUCUGGAAGAACUGCAUUGUGCCCAAUGCGGCACAGGAGAUCAGCUUUAUCGUGCAUGAACAUGCUGGUAUAUUGCUGAAGACAUUUCUGUCCUCGCUUAGCGCACGUGAACAAAUGCGGGUUGGCGGCAUCGCGUUUAUCGAGUCAGCGCACCAGGUGUCGUCCGGAGACUCUGCUGCGCUACGAGAACUACUGCGCGACAAGGCGGUAAACUUUGAGGCUUCGACAGAGCCCAUGUUUACGGUGAUUGAGUCGUCACAGGCACGACUUGGAUGCACGUCGCUGUCGGUGGGACGCACUUCUAGCGAGACAAACAACAGCGAGUGGACGGUCCACUCUGUGCAAACAUCCGCUUUUGUGUUCCUGCACUCGAUUGCCAACGGGAUUGAAGAGUCCUUGCACGCCAUUCGCGCUACAUUUCCCAACAAGCUUAUCGUGACGGUAAAUCGUGCACGGCUUACUGGCCAGCCGUACAAUAACCCGUUUGCUGUGGUUCAAUGCGCAGGGCAGAAGAAGGAUACGGUGGGAAGCCACAAGCACACGAUGGAUCCUGAGUGGAACCAAACGUUUUCUUUUCCUGUCACGUCAAUCGAAGCAAAGGUGGUCGUCGUGGUGAAAGACCGAUCAUUCCCGAUGAACACGUCUCUGGGCCAGGUUGUUGUGAACAUGAGUGAAGUGGGGCUCAAUCGCGCCGAUCGACGGUGGUUCGUCUUGCGUGAUGAGAAGUUGCCUACGGUGCACGGAAACGGCGAGGUUGAGCUAACACUUGAGUGGGUGCACGAUACCUUCGUUGCACGUUCUGACUCGUUUAUUCGUGGAAACCGCAUGCCAACACUGGAAGCCCAACAACGCGCUUAUCAGAGCGCAGAUGGUGAGAACUUUUGCUACCUGUGUAAGUCUACUUUUGUCUUGCACCGCCGUCGAUACUGCCGCAUGUGCUUGCGUCUAGUUUGCACAUCGUGCUCUGACCGCUUGUUCCUUCCGGGAUUCAGCGAGCCAAAGCGUGUGUGUUCGGGCUGCUGCGAUCUCCAAAUGAUGCUGCACAACAAGCUUCCACAAAUCAGUCCCAAUGGUCCAGCAAAAGUGCCGUCCCAAGAUAAGCUGGACGAGCACGCCCAGCGAAUGGAAGCGAUGCGAAAGCGAGAGGAAGCCGAAAAGCGCCCUCUUUGUAUCAACGACUUUGAUCUGCUGAAGGUUGUUGGUCGCGGUGCCUUUGGCAAGGUACUUCUUGUCCGCAAGAAGGAUGGCAAGAAUUCCGGUCAAAUUUAUGCAAUGAAAAUCCUUGUGAAGUCGCAUAUUAUCAAGAACGAUCAGAUCGAGAACACUAAGGCGGAGCAGCACAUUCUGAAGGAAAUCAAUCACCCGUACGUGGUGCGAUUGCGGUUCGCCUUCCAGAAUGCUGACAAGCUGUAUUUGAUAAUGGACUACUACCCGGGUGGUUCGAUGUUCUACCACCUGCGCAAAUCGAAGCGUUUUUCUGAGGACCGCACAAGACUGUACAUGGCGCAGUUGCUGACAGCGUUGAUGCAUCUACACAGCAAGCAGAUUGCGUACCGUGACCUGAAGCUCGAGAAUAUUCUGAUGGAUCCCAAGGGAAACAUUUCCUUGACCGAUUUCGGCUUGUCGAAGGAGGGUCAGUUGGUGGAAGGGGCCAUACGUGCCUCUCAGGCUGACACGGGCAUGAAAACUAUUUGUGGUACAGCAGAGUAUAUGGCGCCAGAGUUGCUGCGUCACCAAGCGUAUGGUAAGGUGGUCGACUGGUGGAGUUACGGCAUUUUAUUGUUUGAAAUGCUGACGGGCCGGACACCGUUCGUGGACCGCAAUCGUCGGCAAAUGUUCAAAAAUAUUAUGCAGUCAGAGGUGAUAUACCCGUCGCAUAUUUCACCAGUGGCGCGGUCGUUGAUCUCGAAGUUACUGAACCGCGAUCCGUCAAGGCGACUUGGAGGCGGCCCGAACGGCGGCCGUGAUAUCAUGGCCCACCCUUUUUUUGAAGCCAUCGACUGGGACAAGCUGUUGCGGAAGGAGAUAGAGCCUUCGUUUGUCCCUGACGUCAACAGCGUCGACGAUAUUACAAACGUGCCCGAGAUGUUUCAGAAUAUGGCAGCCGUGGACUCCCCUGUUAGCAAAAAGAAUGGCGAGGGUCAUCAUUUCGACGACUUCACGUACCAGGAAGAAGGAUAUAUAAUGCGUAAUACGCAUACCGAAUUCCUGCAUUAA